AUGGCAAACAGGUUAAACUCGAGCAACAGCACUCGGGCCCGAGGCCCGAUCACCAUCUUUAUAGUAGCUGGCCUCUGUUCCUUUUUCUACCUGCUGGGCGCGUGGCAGAGGAGCGGGUUCGGUAAAGGGGACUCCAUAGCACUGCAAAUGACCAAAAAUGGCGAAAAUUGCCACAUCCUCCCGAAUCUCAAUUUCGAGACCCACCAUGCGAGCCAGGCUGGCGUGAUCGACAGCCCGGAUUCAAAAAUGCCGGUAAUGUACAAACCGUGCAGCCCAAAGUACACCGACUACACUCCCUGCCAGGAUCAAAGGCGAGCCAUGAAAUUAUCCCGUGCGAAUAUGGUGUACCGCGAAAGGCACUGCCCGCCGAAGGAGAAGAGGCUUCGUUGCCUUAUUCCAGCUCCCGAUGGGUACGUGUCCCCAUUCCCAUGGCCAAAGAGCCGUGAUUACGUUCCUUAUGCAAAUGUGCCGUAUAAGAGCUUGACAGUUGAGAAGGCUAUUCAGAACUGGGUUCAGUAUGAAGGGAAUGUGUUUAGGUUUCCUGGUGGGGGCACACAGUUUCCUCAGGGAGCUGAUAAGUAUAUUGACCAGCUGGCAUCGGUUGUGCCGAUUGAGAACGGGACCGUUAGGACUGCAUUGGAUACCGGAUGUGGGGUUGCUAGUUGGGGGGCGUAUCUGUGGAAAAGAAACGUGAUAGCCAUGUCAUUUGCGCCAAGAGACUCACACGAAGCCCAGGUUCAGUUUGCUCUCGAGAGGGGUGUGCCAGCUGUCAUUGGCGUUCUUGGGACAAUAAAAUUGCCGUACCCGUCUAGUGCAUUCGACAUGGCCCACUGUUCCCGCUGUCUUAUACAGUGGGGAGUAAAUGAUGGGCUGUAUAUGAAGGAAGUCGAUCGUGUGCUUAGACCUGGCGGCUACUGGGUUCUCUCGGGCCCACCAAUCAAUUGGAGAACCAAUUACCAGGCAUGGCAGAGGCCCAAGGAAGAACUCGAGGAGGAGCAGAGAAAGAUUGAAGAGAUUGCUAAGCUUCUCUGCUGGGAAAAAAAAUCCGAGAAAGGUGAAAUUGCUAUUUGGCAGAAAUCAAUGGAUACAGAUUCAUGCCGUGCGGCACAAGAAAAUUCGGGAGCUGAAUUGUGUAAAUCUGAAGAUACUGACAAUGUCUGGUACAAAAAGAUGGAGCCUUGCAUUACCAGUUAUGACAUUGCUGACAGUAAUGAACUCAAACCUUUCCCUGAGAGGCUUUACGCUGUACCCCCACGAAUUGCUAGUGGCUCGAUUCUUGGCGUGUCAGUCGAGGCAUAUGAAGAGGAUAACAAGCAAUGGAGAAAGCAUGUGAAUGCCUAUAGAAAGAUUAUCAAGAUUAUCGACUCCGGAAGGUUCCGGAACAUUAUGGAUAUGAAUGCCGGAUUUGGGGGAUUUGCAGCGGCACUCGAGUCUCCCAAGCUGUGGGUUAUGAAUGUUGUGCCCACUAUUGCCGAUAAGAAUACCCUCGGCGUUGUAUACGAAAGAGGGUUGAUCGGCAUAUAUCAUGACUGGUGUGAGGCCUUUUCCACGUAUCCACGAACAUACGAUCUCAUUCAUGCGAGUGGUGUGUUUAGCUUAUACAAGGAUAAGUGUGAUUUUGAAGACAUUUUGUUGGAGAUGGACCGAAUUCUUCGGCCAGAGGGAACCAUUAUAUUCCGAGAUAAUGUUGAUGUGCUCGUGAAGGUGAAGAGAAUGAUCGGUGGUUUGAGAUACGAUUCUAAAAUGGUCGAUCAUGAAGAUGGGCCCCUUUUUCCCGAGAAAAUUCUUUUCGCCGUCAAGCAGUAUUGGGUAGGCAACUCAACUUCCAAGCAUUAA